AUGUCACACCUCUCUGUCACUGUCUCUGUCUUUCCACAUCUCUAUUUUUUUCUGUACGAUUCUCUCUUUUCGACAUGUCUCUCUUUCUUUCUAUCCCUCUCUCCAUGUUUCUGUCUUUCUCUCGUUUUUUCUAUGCGACUCUUGCUUUUUAGGAUGUUUCUCCUUCUUUCUGACACCCUCUUCUUCUUUCUUUCUUUAUCCCCCAUUUUCUGUACGGCUCACACUUUUCAGCAUAUCUCUCUUUCAUCCCGACACUCUCUCCUUCUUACCGUCCUUCUGCUUUCUCUGCAUGACUCUUGCUCUUCAACAUGUCUCUCUUUCUUUCUGUCACUCUCUCCACCUUUCUGCUUCUUUCUUUCCUUUUUUCUCUAUGACACUCCCUUUUCAGCAUGUCUCGCCUUUUUGUCACCCUCUCCAUCUUCUUCCACUAACGCCCUUCUUCCUUCAUUCCGACACUCUCUCCUUCUCUCAGCUACUCUCUUUCUCUCUCUCAAUCUCUCUCUCUCUGUUUUAUCUGCAUGA